AUGUUUCUGCAGGCAGACAACACAGUGCUUGCAGAUAAGUUCAAGAUAGAGAAGGAUCAGACACAACUUCGAAACCAAGUUUCUCAAUUGUUACAGGUGGAGCAAGAGCAGAAGUUGCAGAUUGAAGAAAAAGAUUCAACUAUUGAAAUGCUACAGGCUAAGCUGAAGAAUAUUGAGUCACAAUUGAAUGAAGUUCUUCUCUCCAAAACCACUUUGUCAACGAAUGGCACGGGACUGUCAAGUGAAGAGCAAACAAGCAACAAUCCCGCUGAUGAUGUAGAAUCUGCUGCAGUUACCAAGAAACUUGAGGAUGAGCUCAAAAAACGAGAUGCUCUCAUUGAGAAAUUACAUGAAGAGAAUGAGAAGUUGUUCGACAAGUUAACUGAAAAAGCUUCAGCCGAAUCACCUAAGGUGUCAUCUAAACCUCCUGGGGGCUCAAAUGCCCAGUCUCGUGACUUGGGAAGAAAUGAUAAUUCUCAUGCCAAAGGACGGCCUGGUGAUGUUCCUUCCUUACCCACCCAAGCAGAGAAUGCUGGUGCAUUGGUUAAAUCUGGCACUGGUAUAGUUAAAACUACACCUGCUGGUGAAUAUCUUACAGCAGCACUUAAUGACUUCAAUCCUGAACCAUAUGACAGUCUUGCUGCCAUAUCAGAUGGUGCAAACAAGCUCUUGAUGCUGGUAUUGGCUGCGGUAAUAAAAGCUGGUGCUUCUAGAGAGCAUGAAAUACUUGCUGAAAUUAGAGAGGCUGUAUUUGCUUUUAUCCGUAAAUUGGAGCCCAAAAGGGUCAUGGACACCAUGCUUGUGUCCCGUGUUAGAAUUCUCUACAUACGAUCGUUGCUCGCUCGCUCUCCUGAGCUCCAAUCAAUUAAGGUUCUCCCUGUUGAGCGGUUUCUAGAGAAGCCUGUAAGUGGGCGUAGUAGAAGCUCUAGCCGCAGUAGUAGUCCUGGAAAAUCUCCUGUGCGCCAUGAAUCCAGUGCUAGGACAAAUAUGCUGGUUGAGGAGUUUGUUCCAGGUUUCAGAGUUAAUAUAAAACAAGAAAAGAAGUCAAAGUUGUCGUCUGUGGUCCUGAAGAUACGUGGAAUCGACGAGGAUGUAUGGAGACAACAUGUAACCGGUGGAAAGCUUCGGGAAAUAACUGAGGAAGCAAAAAGUUACGCAGUCGGAAGAAAGGCUUUGGCAGCUUUUGUCCACACUCCAGCCGGUGAGCUCCAGCGCCAAAUCAGAAAUUGGCUUGGUGAGAAUUUUGAUUUCCUGUCUGUUGCUGAUGACACGGUAGCCGGAGCAACUGGACAGAUUGAGCUUCUCUCAACUGCAAUUAUGGAUGGUUGGAUGGCGGGUCUUGGCGCUGCCCAACCUCCCAGCACUGAUGCCCUCGGUCAGCUUUUGUCCGAAUAUGCAAGACGUCUCUAUGCUUCUCAGCUGCAACACUUAAAAGACAUUGUAGGCACUUUGGCUACUGAAUCGGCAGAAGACGCUGCACAGGUGGCGAAGCUCCGCUCUGCUCUCGAGUCUGUUGAUCACAAGAGACGGAAGAUUUUGCAGCAGAUGAAAAGCGAUGCAUCAUUGUUCAGUUUGGACGAAGGCGCUGCACCGAUUGGAAAUCCCAACACCGCUGCUGAGGAUGCACGACUGGCGUCAUUAAUUUCACUUGAUGGCAUAUUGAAGCAAGCUAAGGAUAUAACAAGACAAGCAUCAGCUGGUGUUCUAAGUAAGAGUAAAAAACGCUCGUUGCUUUCCUCUCUUGAUGAACUCUCCGAGCGGAUGCCUUCAUUACUGGAUGUCGACCAUCCUUGUGCUCAGCGACACAUUGGUGAAGCUCGACAACUUGUUGAGUCGACUACAGAAGAGGAUGACAAGCACGUCGACUCGGCGGCGCCAUCCAAAGACACAACUCAGCAGCAGCUGCAGCCGCAGGACGUGUCGCAAUGGAACGUCCUACAGUUCAACACGGGGUCGACAACUCCAUUCAUCAUCAAGUGCGGGGCGAGCUCAAAUUCGGAACUUGUAAUAAAAGCAGACGCGCGCGUGCAAGAGCCAAAGGGCGGGGAGAUUGUCCGGGUGGUUCCAAAGCCAACAGUCCUCGAAAACAUGACGCUUGAAGAGAUUAAGGAUAAGGUAUUCUCGCAGCUUCCGGAAGCUCUCAGUUUGCUCGCUCUUGCUCGGACAGCUGACGGGACCCGCGCUCGUUACUCGAGAUUGUACCGUACGCUGGCCUUGAAAGUUCCCGCGCUCAAAGAUGGAUUUGUCGAACAAGUUUGAACGGAGGAGGAUGUGUUUCGAUCCAAUUCGAUCAAAAUGAUCUCCAGUCUUACUGGUUGCUUUGUAAGAAAAUUUGUUCUAUUUUAUACGUGUUUUUUUUUUUUUUUUUUUUUUUCUGAGAACAUAGGAUAGGAUGGAAUUGAGUAUACAAUGUAAUACACAAUACAUAUUGGUAUUGUUUAUUAUUAAUGUUCAAUGUUAAAAGUAA